AUGCAGCUCGACCUCUCCGAUAACGAAUUCGAAGGUUCAAUCCCAGAGGACACCGGCGACCUCGUGUCACUCUCCGGCACGCUUAACCUCUCGUUCAAUCACUUUUCCGGCAGAAUUCCGAAGUCUCUGGGGAAAUUACCGGCGAUGGUGAGCUUCGACCUCCGGAACAACAACCUAACCGGCGAGAUUCCCCAAACGGGGUCGUUUUCAAACCAGGGUCCAACAGCAUUCCUCGGUAACCCGAACCUUUGCGGGUUUCCUCUUCGAAAACAAUGCACCGGUUCAGACCGGGUUGGUCCCGGUUCAUCCUCCCGCGAACCGGGUAAGUUACCCGGUUCGAAAGGUCUGAGUCCCGGUUUGAUAAUUUUAAUCUCAGCGGGUGAUGCAGCUGGGGUUGCUUUAGUUGGGCUUGUUAUUGUGUAUGUUUAUUGGAAGAAGAAGGAUGAUUCAAAUGCGUGUAGCUGCACUGGGAAGAGCAAGUUUGGUGGGAAUGAUGAUGAGAAAGAAAAUGUGUGUGCGUGUGCGAGUGCGUUCCCAUGUAUCAAUGGGUUGAAGAAUGAGGAUGAUGAGUAUGAGGUAGAGGUAGAUGGGGAAGGGAAAGGUGAAGGGGAAUUGGUGAACAUUGAUAAAGGUUUGAGUUUUGAGCUUGAUGAGCUUUUAAGGUCUUCUGCAUAUGUGUUGGGGAAGAGUGGGUUGGGGAUUGUGUAUAAGGUGGUGCUUGCAAAUGGGGUGCCUGUGGCUGUUAGGAGAUUAGGGGAGGGUGGAGAACAUAGGUACAAGGAGUUUGCUGCAGAGGUGCAUGCCAUUGGGAAGGUUAAGCACCCUAACAUUGUGAGGUUAAGAGCUUAUUAUUGGGCUCAUGAUGAGAAGCUUAUCAUCAGUGAUUUCAUCUCCAAUGGCAAUUUGGCCAAUGCCCUUAGAGGGAGAAGUGGCCAACCAUUUCAGAACCUUUCAUGGUCCACCAGAUUGAGAAUCGCCAAAGGAACAGCCAGGGGCUUGGGUUAUCUUCAUGAAUGCAGUCCAAGAAAAUUCGUCCAUGGUGACAUCAAACCCUCCAAUAUCCUACUUGACAACGACUUCCAGCCCUACAUUUCUGAUUUUGGUCUUAACAGGCUGAUCAGCAUCACCGGUAACAACCCCUCCACAGGUGGCUUAAUGGGUGGAGCUCUUCCUUACAUGAAGUCAUCACAAAGAGAGAGAACCAACAAUUACAAAGCCCCUGAGGCUUCUGUCCCUGGGUGCAGACCCACCCAGAAAUGGGACGUGUAUUCAUUUGGUGUUGUUUUGCUUGAAUUGCUAACUGGGAAGUCACCAGAUUCAUCUCCCACCACAUCAACUUCUAUGGAAGUCCCUGACUUAGUAAGGUGGGUAAGAAAAGGGUUUGAACAAGAAAGUCCAUUAUCUGAAAUGGUCGAUCCAUCACUGCUUCAAGAAGUGCGUGUUAAGAAAGAGGUACUUGCUGUGUUUCAUGUUGCACUAGCAUGCACUGAAGGAGACCCUGAAAUCCGGCCUAAAAUGAAAACUGUCUCUGAAAAUCUUGAAAGGAUUGGAACAUAA